GAACUGAGUUAUACUUAAAGACGUGAAUACAUCUGAUGAACUCCAGGUUUUUAAGUACAGUACUCGAUUUUUACAAGUUUUACGCCACCAAUCUUUUCUCGUGGAGUUAGUUUUGUAAAAUCUAAUCUUAUUUGUCAUCAAUGGAACAAUAACAUUUUGACUCGGCGAGUGUUUAGCAAAGACCUAACUAUGCUAUCAGCAAUUUGCAUAACUUUACUUGUGUGCUGUGUCUCAUUUGGAAGUUGUCAAAAAUACCCACACGAUCCUUUGGAUUAUACGGAUACAUCUGGACCGGGGCCAGGACCAAGAUAUCCAUUUUCAAACGGUCCAGUACCCCCGGAAAGAACAAGACAAUUUAUCAUGUCCUGUCCUAGAGGUUGCCAUUGUGACGAAACUAUAUGCGGGCUCACAAUAGACUGCUCGGAUAGAGGAUUAUCAGAUGUACCCAGAGAUCUCAGUCCACUCACAGAAUGCCUGGAUCUCAGCAUGAACAACAUAUCAAGCAUUUCUUCAGAAUCAUUUGCAGGACUCAAACAACUUCAGAAAUUAUCUCUAUUUGGAAACAUCAUCUCCGAACUUCCCGAAGGAAUUUUUACUUCCGGUUUCAAGAAGAUGCAUACAUUGUUAUUGCAAGACAAUCGUUUAACUUCUGUCCCAGUGAACACGAUCAGCAAAAUGGGAAAUUUGAAAAAUUUAAAUCUCGGAGCAAAUUUUAUUGAAGAAAUUUCAGCAAAUGCAUUUGCAAGACUUGAAAAUUUAGAACACGUUUGGUUGGAUGAUAACUUUUUGACAGAAAUCCCAUUCAGAGCUCUAAGCAAAGCUCCAAAUAUCAAAGCGUUGAAUUUGGACAUGAACAGAAUAACUACUGUUAGAAAUGGAGAUCUGGAUGCUCUGGUGAAAUUGAGAGUUUUACUUUUGAAACACAACGGAAUAUCAAUGAUCGAAAAUAAUGCAUUUGAAAGCUCAAGAAAUAUUCGAAUUCUAGAACUUUCGUACAACAAUUUGACGUCGCUUCCCAUCGCAAUCAAGGUAGUUCAGAACCUAGAACAACUAAUCAUACCUUAUAAUAAUAUUGAAGAGUUACCAGAUUUGGCAUUCGCUGGAAAUCCGGAGCUCCGUCAGUUAUCUUUAGCUGGGAAUCCAAUCAGAUCAGUUGGACCGGCCUCUUUCUCAGGACUGAGUCAUCUACAAACUCUGUAUCUCAGAAAUGUGGAAGAUCAGAAAGAAAUUCCCGAUUUUUCAGGAUGUUCUUCAUUAAAAGAAUUGUCUAUUGACGGAGGAAAAAUCAAAUCUGUUCCACAAAGUUUUUGCUCCAAUUUACCAAGUAUUAGAAAAUUAUCCUUGAAAGGAAACAACUUGCGAUCUUUGAUGGGACUGUCGAAAUGUUCAAAUCUUACUUCACUCGAUGUAUCCGGAAAUCAACUAACGGAAUUAAUUUUCAAUGAAACAAAACAUCUUACCAAAAUGUUAGACUUAAAAUUAGGUAACAACAAAAUAAAACAGAUCGAUGAAGACGCUUUCUCUGAAAUGAAAAUGGUUCGAAAAAUUAACCUCGCUUACAACUCAUUCACAUAUCUUCCAAUGAACGGACUCGGAAAUCUACGAGAACUAAAUAUAAGCGGAGUCCGAACUAUGUUCUACCUACCUCCAGUUGAUCUCUUCCAUAGUUUAAGAAGUCUGGUCGCAUACUAUCCUUACCAUUGCUGUCAAGUGGCAAGAAUGAAACAAAAAUUAGCCGAGACUUCGCUGACAUCAAAUUACAUGCAACCUGGAAUCCAAGAUUCUUCGUUUUCACCCCAAAAUCAUCCGUUCGCCCCAUUAAGUUCCCCUGUUCAGUGCAGUCCGGAUCCGGGACCUAUGACACCAUGUGACGAUCUUCUGCCGUCAACACCUCUUCGAAUAUUUUCAUGGAUUGCUAUGAUCGUCGCUUUUAUUCUGAAUGCUCUAAUUUUGCUUUCUUGCGGAUUGCGAUACUGUGUAAGGCGAAGAUCUCGAGGUCCAACUACAAUACCUUCGGACGAACAAAUGCUCAGAAGGGCUGAUAGCGAUUCGCCAUAUACAGAAGCAAGAGCGAUGGUGUAUGAUGAUUCCGAAGUUUAUGGGUCGCAUUAUUGCCUGAACUUGACGCGUGGUUCACGAAGUAUGUACAGAGACAGUGACAGCUUCGACUUGGCACUUUGCCAUCUAGCAUUGGCUGAUUUCAUCGUUAGUGCAUACACCGCAGUGCUCCUCUCUUACGACCAUGCCACUCGUGGCGAAUUUGCGGUUCAAGGUGCGUGGUGGCAGCAAUCUUCCCUUUGUCAUUCCGCUGGAUUCCUGUUAACUUUUGGAACUCAACUUGCCUUCACUACCAUAGCUGUGAUGUCGGUGGAAAGAUAUUUAGCAACGAUGUAUCCACUUCAAACUGAAAGACACCUGAGAAAAAAUCUUUUGGUGCUGGCACUUAUCUCAGCAUGGGCGUUGUCACUGAUGACAGGAAUAGUCACCCUGUUCGGUGGUGCAGGAGACGAAGCGAUAGACGGAAUUCAGGGUAUGAUGCCUGCUAAAAGUGGUGCAUCAUGUCUACCCUGGACUACGGACUUUGUGUACAUUGGAACGUUCGUCGGCCUGCAUGUUCUCUUGUGUCUUGUGACGACCAUGUUUUGUGUUAUGAUGUUUUGCGCGAAACGAAAACAAUCUUGGCUCAGUGCAAGGAAGAACACUCGACGUCAAGUUACGUUGUCGGUAGUGUUCAACAUCAUCUGCAUUCUGCCAUUAGCUGCGGUUGGUCUGUAUGUUUCUGGAAUGAUGACGUUCUCUGACAUGAUCUCGGGACAAGAUGAUGAGUAUGCCUCCCCAGAUGGGUCUCAUACAGUUUUAGACAUGGGUCGAUUGCUCGCUUUUGUUAUGUUUCUCAUACCUUUCAGGCCUAUGCUGAAUCCUAUAUUAUACAUUGCGUUCAAUAAAGGUCUUCGGGGAGAUUUGAUUUAUGUAACCAGAAAAAUAUUUAUGAACGACUCUAAUCCCAGACACAUCCAAUUCCCUCCACAACAAAACAGCAUCUUAGAAACGAUGUUUGACAGUGUCACAGACGUUCCACGUGAAGCAGGCCACAAUUUUUCACACUUCACUCAACCUGUAUUCGAUAACACCCUACUUCAGCAAGCGGUCGCUUACGACAAUCGUGGGAUAGCGUCUUCCAGUUCUGUAAGCUAUCACGCACCGCUAUCAGUAGCACUGCCACAGUCAUCCAGCCACUCAGUGAGUGGUCAAAGGUCAGCCGAACGUAAAAGGCGGCGGCGACAUACUAGAUCACGACGCACUGAACGGCGAACAACAGACACCGACCCAACAACAGAAUCCGAGGUCAUAACAUUUCAUCGAGGCGGAGAAGCAGUUUCAUACAAUCCGGACGCACGUGAGAGGAGACGAAAGAAAUUGAGUGUUCGAAAUGGAGGUGUAAAUGCAAAGGACGAAUUCCAGCGACUUGUUUUCCCACAACGCCCGAUAGCUUCUUCUUCACAGGCAUCAGACUCCACUAUAUAUCCUAUAAUGCCAGCAAACAGGAGUGUUGCACAGCAAUCGUCUUAUCACAACAACAACACUGUUGCACUAUCAGCUUCUGCACGUACUGAUGCACGUGGUUUAUUGACGGAAAAUUGCGAACUCAACGAUCAUGAAUCAAAUCCUACUCAUUAUGACCUCUCGGCUUUAAAUUCCUUUUGUGUAUCAGAUGUAAAUGACACACGUUCACGUGCAAUGACAGAGUCGCCGACAGAAUUUCAAUCUAGAAAUUCCGGAGAAACCUCUGCAACUUCAUUUGAAGUGGAUAUGGAAGUUGCAGAAAUAAACUCUGCCGCGUUUCCGCCAUGUGUGCCGGAUGAGAGUCACUUUUUUGGCGAGAGGGAUACGGUGAAGCGUUCACGAGAAAACACGACCAGAAACAAAACAAUUCAGCGCGCAAGAUCGCGUGAAGAUGAGUCAUAUCUUUUACAAGCAAUGCGAAACGCAUCGCAUGAUGAUUCUAUGGGAGAUGUAAAUGGAAAGCAUCCUGUUAAAUUAACAAUGCGUAAAGAAAGAGCAGCAUCUCAUUCAUCAGGCAGUAGUGAUAACCCAUUACUAGGUAGAGUGGGCAAAAUUUCAGUUAAUUCUUGUGAAUACUGCGAUUCAGCAGCUUCGAAAGACUCUGGUAUUCAUUCGGAGAUCGAUUCGGCAAGCGGGGCAUCUUAUUCAGAUACCAGUAUAGGUCGUAGGUUGAGACUUUCGACCAAUAAUGUACAUUUGAAAAACGGUGUUAUUUCAACACUCUGUGAACAAGAUAUCGAUAGAUUCAAAUUGCCUCAACAGUCAGAGUUUGAUAUUAUUUUAACGGGGACCAACAAAGACCUAGUAAAUGAAAAUUCUAUUGGUAACCCAGAAACAACAAUUUGAAAGAACGAAUACUAUAUUAUAGUGGUAUUUUAAUUGGCGAUACGAUCUCAGGGUGAUAUGAUCGGAUGCCAGUAACAACAACUUGUGUAAAUGAUGAGACGUAAUCGCCAAGCGCGUAGAAUGCAUAAAUUCAACGGAGCCACAUUUUCGCUGUCCCGAAAUGCGCAUUUGACCUAUUGUAAUGGGUUCCAUUAGUACUGAAAUUGUUUCAACUAUACCAUCAAAUACAUCAUUUAUACACUUUAUGUACAAAAUUUAUUGUAGUUUUUUAAUCCUUUGUUUCAUUUACCUUGUUUGCAUUUGAACGUCAACUCUAUUCAAUUUGUUGUUUAUAUUUUGCUUACUUUACACUGCCUCCAAUGUUUAUAUAUAUUAAUAAACACUUUUUGUUGAUAAAAAUGAAAAUCGGCCCCUUCGCUUGUUUAGCCUGCGGUCGUUACUAUAACCCCAUCUAUAAGUUCAUAGAUUAGCACAGCGUUAGCACGAUCCAACUCACACCGCCAUCAAAUAUCCGAUGUAACACUAUCAUAUCAACUUAUUGCAUUAUAUCAGCAAAGACUGAUUUGUAGGCCUACGCCGUUUGUUCAAUUACAUAUUUGAACAGCCAAAAUAUGGUUAUAUUGCGGAGAACUGAUCGCUUUAAACAAUUUUGUGCGAUCAUUCAACACUCUUGUCUGAUUUGUGUGUGGUGUCAUGUCGUCGAUUUUUUUUUUUUAUUUAAUUUUAAGUAAAAUUAUGCCGAAUAAUUAUAUUUAAUGUUGUUUUUGUCUGAAUUUUAAUACAAAAACCUUUACUUUUUUGUUUGAUAAAUGUUAUAUCGCAACAUGAAAUGUACAAAAAAUUCGUGAAUAUGUUUUAUUUAACAAUAUAGCGUGUCUAUCUCUUUAUUAACUUUGUUUCAAAAUACAUUUGCUUACCCGUCCGUCGAUAAUAAUAAACUCUUUUUUACUGAACACUUUCUUAUGUUUCAA